AUGUUAAAAGUUAGGCAUGAUGCUGAACAAUUGUUUAUCUGGGAAAUUGGUGAGGGCUUGGGAAGCAUCUGGUGGGAUAAUUGGACCUUGGAUGGCUGCCUUCUGCAUGAUCAGAUUGCUCAAGCUGCCCCAGUUUUUGUGAAAGACAACUGGGCUCAUGGCAAGUGGAACCUUUCUCCAAUCCUUCCUUUCUGCAGCCCUUCUCAACCAUCCAAUAUUCAGAAGAUGUUUGUUAAACCUGGGGUUAAAGACAAAAUUGUUAUAAGAAAGAACCCAAUCCCCUCUCAGCCCCCCCAACUGGUACACUGGGGUCAUACCAUCUGGAAUAUAUUCCUUACCCCAUCCAUGUCCUUUUUCAUAUGGAGAUUCUUCUUGAAACUGAUUCCAAGUGAUGAUAUUUUAAAAUUGAAAGGGCUUAGGGGUCCUUCCAGAUGCACUUUCUGCCAGUCUCAUGAGGAAACUAUUACCCAUCUUUUCUUUGAUUGCAUUUGGGUACAGGAUGUUUGGUCUUUUGUGAUUGGUAAACUUAGGAUCCCAACAAUGAAUCUCACAUGGAAGGUUUUCUAUACUAGCUGGUUUGAUUGGAGGGGAUCUAAUCUCCAGGACAUCCCCAAUAUUGUGGCAUGGUUUGUGUGGAUGGCUAGAAACCAGGCAAAGCAUGAUAACUCCCAUCUUGAUCCUAUAAGGGUGGGUCUCAAUUGUAUUGCUUUCAUUAACAAAUUGAUUAAAUUUAAAAAGUUUGAGGCUGUCUUGGAGAUUGGUCCUUUUCUCAAGCCACAUAUUUCCAAAGUUGUGACAAUUUGGUGGACCCUCCCAAAGUUUGGCUGGACCAAAAUUAACAUUUAUGGCAGCCACAAAUCUCAGUCUGCUGGCAUUGGUGGGGUUUUCAGGAACCAUGAGGGGAAAUGUAUCUUAUAUUUUCAAUCUCCUGUUAAUGCUUUUGACUCACUUGAAGCAGAAUGUCAAGCUAUUUUUUGGGCCAUCACCUUAGCCAGAUCUUGCCUGUUAGAUCAGUUAUGGGUUGAAUCUGACUCCUUGCAACUUGUUAACAUUAUCCAUGGGUAUUCAGAUACCCCAUGGAACUUAAUCAGCUAG